GAACGGUAAGUGGCCGUGGUGGACGGCGGUUGGCGGUGUGUGCAGGGCACACACACAGGGUGAGCACCUUGCUCUCACCAUUUUGUUGCUCGCUGUUGAGCACUGAAUUGAGCCGCUAGGAGGAGCGCGCGCGCGCGUACUGCUGGCCGAGGGUUGACAAGGACAGCUAGUCAAACAUUUGACAAGAGGUGGCAAACCUGUGCCUUGGCAGAGCAGGCUGACCCGUGUCACUCUACGCUUUUUUACGUAGGCUACGAAUAUAUUGCACUUCGAGAGACUGACACCUCGCUGAGCUUCUGUUCGCAUCAUCCUGUAUGCUUCGCUUUUUUUGUUGCAUCGGUCCAGAAGGAUGAUGAAACAGUAAAACAAAGUCAUCAGGGGUUACUAAACUUGAAAAUGGCUGGCGAAGAUUCAGGGGAAGGGAUCACCGUGUCAGUGAACGUCAGCUCGACAGCAGACCAAGACUACAGUCAUCUCCCAGUCUACGACUUUCACAAGAUGGUGGCGCUAGACUGGGACAAGGUCUAUGACGGCCCCAUGAACCAACUGCUGUACACUUCUUGGAAUGGCCUGAACAUUGGGCGCCUGACUUUGGCCAUCUGGAUUCUGGCCAGCCAUUUGGCGCUGAUCCUCUUCGUGCUGGGCAAGGCCAAGCUACGGGAGCAACCGAAGAACAUCCUCAUCAUCAAUCUGUCUUUGGCCAACAUACUUUUAGGGGUCUUCCUCGUCCCCAUUAAGCUUCACUUCAUCCUAACGCCAGGCGUUUCAGACUGCAGUCUCAGCAAAGCGUGGGCGUUUCUCAAUGACUACUUUCAGGUUUGUUUGUCUCUCCUGGCAGUACUCGGUCUAGUAGUGGAGCGCCUGGUAUACGUCUUCACAGAGCGGCGAGGUCGCCUUCCGCGCUUCGCCAAGUGGUUCAACUGCGCUCUGUACAUCCUGCUACCCUGGCUGCUUUCCAUCCUCCUUCUCGUGCCCAUCUUCCUGACGGCGCUCGCGGAGAGAGUCCCCGGCGAGGCCUGCGCCUACCGCGUCCGCGAACGCCACCUGUUGGCAGUGCAGAUCAUCAGUUUCCUGCCAGCCGCUACAGCACUCUUCUUCGCCGCACCCGCCGCCGGCCUGCUGGACUGCCUGCGCAGCAAGGAGUGCCACGCGCUCCCCAGCACUCCCCGCGGCGAAAGCCUAGCCGUGGCCUGCCUGGUCAGCGUGCUGGCCGUCUGCGGCGAGGCGCCCUACUUCGUGGUGCGCGCGCUGCUGAUGAGGCUGGAGUGCAGCAACCCAUACUGCGCCCGCUUCAAUGCCGGGGUCACGGCCGGUAUGUGGGUCCGCAUCGCCAAGGCCGCCGUGCUGCCAUUCCUGUGGCUGGCCUACAGUGACUUCCGUGACGCACUGCUGUGCCGCUUCAACUACAAGAAAGUCAAAGACGAGAGCCUCAGUGAGAACGACGACGACCGCAAAGUGAUGAACACCAAGAUGUGAAGGGCCUGGAUUAUUGAUGUACCCAACUUGAAGACGCUAUUUCUGCUGCAGAUACGGGACUGGCACUUCCUAAGGAAUACUUUGGCCUCUGGGAAGAUUAACUCGGGAGGACAAGAUGGCCUCUGUCUCUGAGAUUCUUAACAGACCCUCAUAAUGUCCAACUGUACCUACUGACCUGUACAGCUGAUGUUGUGGUUGGUGUCAGAGAUUGAGUUGUGGCGCGGCUUAUGUUCUUUGAAAAAACAAAGCAGCUAGUGUGAUCGAAAUUAAAAAAUGUUCCCACGAAAACAUUUUCAGAGGUCAACACAUAGCCGUAAUUCCUUGAAUUUUGAACGAACAAAUCUGCCCAGCAUUUCCAUAUUUUGACUUUAUCAUUUUCUUCACUGGACAAACACGUUUUAAAUUUAAGGUACUCCAUCAUUACAUGUACAAAUAGCAAAAUUUAUUGAGAAGAGUUUCUUUUCAUCCAGCAUUCCCGUCGUAGGUAAUCUCCCCAUCAUCACAAACUAGUCUGAGAAACAAGUCUUGUAUACUUUCGUCACAAUGUCCGCU